CGUAUUCAAGCCCUCUGAAGAGUUGGCAACACUGACAUUUGUUUUGGCUUCUGAUUCGUGCUAGGCUUCAACAUUUCCAGCAUCGCAAUGGUCACAAAUGAUUCAAAAGCAACUGGUUCGGAAACAGUAUCACCAGAUGAUGACGACUUCAAUUUGGCCAUGUCCAUGGCAGAGGGUCUCACUAUUGGCCAGCAAAUACAGGAGCUGUCAAAGCGUUUGCAAAACACCACAGAUGAAUUGCAUCAACAGGUGCGUGACAAACAUGGUGCGCUUCUUCAACAGGCCACGCAUGCCGGGCGCUUUGAUUCCUGUAUUAACACUCUGGCCGAGGAUGUUCAAAGAGUUCGGGCCACCGGUCAUAGGCUGAAGCAUCAAGUGGAUACACAAUAUCAAUUGGUGGAGAAUCAAACUCAGGUGCUAGGUCGUCUGCACGAUGUUAGCCAUUUACUACGUUCCGCUGGCACGCUGCUUACCCUGACGGCCAAAUUGAAGAAUACCAAAGAUGUCCUGCGACAGGCUGAGCUUCAUUUUGAGCUGGGACAACUAAUCGAGGACAAGGACUUAAAGGACAUUGAGUUUAUACAGCAGGAGCGAACCUAUGUAAUCAACUCCGGACAGAAAAUACGAAAUCUUACGCAAAUGCAAUUGGUUACCGGUUUGCAGGAAAGAAAUCAAAAUCAAGUGGUGAAUGCUCUAAAGAUCUUUAUAAAUUUUAAUACCUUGGAGAAAUCACUUGAUAAUUUGCUGACGACUUUUUUAACGGAUAUGGAGCAAUCGCUGAAAGAAUGCUUUGCUGGUAAUGAUAUUUCGGUGCUAAAUAAGUCCCCCACACAUGGCGGAAUAGCCGCUGUUAAGGCGUCUGCCACCCGUGGACCGGGCAAGGCGCCUCAGUUAACGACUACACAAAAUUUUCGCGCUAAAUUCUGGAAGUCUUUGCAUUGGCUUCUCUACGAUGAGUUCUUUGAGACUUGCACUCAAAUAAAUUUGUUAAAAGCAUCUCUAGAGCAAAUCAACCAAUUUGGCUAUACAUCGGUGUCAUCGGAACAAUGUAUUCCCCAGCGCUUUUGGCAGCGUGUACAACAACUUUUGCGGAAAUCAUUCGAUGAAUGCCCCCAACAUGUCCAGCAAACUCUUCAGGAGGGUCUAUCAAAGCUCCUGACAUCAGCUCGAGGCUUGGAGCAGCGUUUAAACUUUGAAUUUCAAUUUGAUAAUGAACUGUUUGCCCCUCUGGAGGUCGGCUAUGUGGGUAAAUGUGCUCAAAAUAUGAAGGCUUGCCUAGCUGGUGUAGACCUUCCUGGUAAUGAGACAGUGGAUAAUUUCAUACGCGUUGCUUCGACGGAAUUAAGUGCUGCCUUAAUUGAUACACGUCUGAGCAAUGCCAUAGCCAAUGUUUUCAUUGCCUGUGGCAAAGAGUUGUGCACUAAAUUGGAGGCACAAAUUAAAUUGGGUGCAGAUUCGAAGCAAGUUGUUGAUUUGCCCAACCUACAGCAACAACAGAAUACCCAAUUGGCUAAUGUGUUAUACUACUACAAGGAUUCAGUGCGUCGCAUGCUAAGUGAUUUGCAGUUGCAAUUCGAAAAGACUCCUGGAGAGAGUAAAGAGAAUAUUGCCCGUUCUCUGGAGCAGGCUGAUUUAUUGAUUGGCACAAUACUUCAACAAAUAAUGGAAUCUAUUAUAACGACCAUUAGUAUAAUUUUAUUAAGUAUGCAUAGAGAGCCGGGUCUUAAUACAGAAAGAUUACCUACAACGGGUUCCUCAAUGUACAUGAAAGAACUACAGGAAUUCAUUAGUCGCUGUUGGGUGCAUCACAUUGACCUGUUCGAUGACAAAGAAAUGAUCAACAAAUGCGGUCAUGAGUUGGCUAAUCGAUGUAUUGAACUCUUUUUACAUAAUAUUUGUAUCAUUCGUCCGGUGAGUGGCGCAGGAAGGCAACGCCUUAAACAGGAUUGCCAGCACAUGGAGUUGGCGCUUAAACCGAUUUGCCAAAAUCUUGCUGAACUUGGCAAACCCUCACGACUUUUGCGUGCCAUGUCCUUGCUAAUUGUUCAAACGCCUGAAGAGUUAAUCAAGCAAACAGUUGGCGAAGAUUCUCUAGUACCCAGUUACAUUAUACUCCUUUUACUUUUUGGUCAUGCCGGGUCUGACUUGCAAUCACCACAUACCACAGCAAAUUGGUCAAAUGAACGUCUUGUUGAAUGGUUAGAUGGGCAUACAGCGGAACGGGAAAAAUUAGAAUUAAUAUCGGGAGCAUUGCAAAGAUAUAGAGAUAAUGCUCGACGUAAAAAUAUUCAGCAAUAUGAUGAAGUCUAUCCAAUGAUGGUCGAUUAUUUUGAACAGGCCUUAAAAGCAAUUGUAUAAAUAUUUAUAUAUUUAUGUUAAAACUAUUUCCACUUAAAU